AGAGUGUUUUUUUACCUAAAUUCUAUCUUAUUAUUUACUGAUUUUUCCCCCAGCUAUGCAAGUGGAAUCUGCACAAGUGACGAGAAUGUGGAUGUUGUGUCUCACUCUAAAUUAGUGCAAGCCUGUCAAGAAAAAAAUGAUGUAUCAACACACACAAAAAGACCAGAUAUUACAAUUGAAGAUAUACAAGACAGUGAUGAAAAAAUAAUGUUUUACACGGGUUUACCAUCAUUUCUCAUUUUUAACUCUCUAUUUUUAACCCUCAUUGAAUUUGGUGCAGAUAAGUUAUGUUCAGCAAAACCAAACACCUUUAAAAAUGACACUGGAAAAAAACGGAAGUUGAGGUCUGUUGAUGAAUUUCUUUUAGUGAUGAUGAGACUUAGACUUGGCUUACUUGUGAAAGACCUAGAAUAUAGAUUUAAAAUAUCUGGUAGUUCUGUUUCAAAAAUAUUCAAUUCUUGGAUAGUUUUUAUGUACAAGUAUCUUCAAUCAUUAGUGUAUUUGCCCAAAUUAGAAGUAUUGCAGAAAUCAAUUCCAUCUUGUUUUACACACUUUAGAGACACUAGGAUAAUUCUUGAUUGUACUGAAAUUUUUAUUCAAACACCAUCUUCAUUGGAAAAUAAAUCAGUUACUUAUUCAAAUUAUAAAUCUCAUAAUACAUUCAAAGUGUUAGUUGGAGUCAGCAUGACUGGAGCUACUGUCUUUGUGUCUAAACUUUGGGGAGGCUCUGCCUCUGAUGUACAGAUCACAAGAGAAAGCAGUUUGCUACAGAUGUUGGAGAAGGGAGAUGCUGUAAUGGUAGAUAAAGGGUUCAUUCAUUUAAAAUCAGAUCUUAAAAAACUUGUGUCAAGUUGUAUUGUCCACCCUUUAAAACAAAAUCUCAAUUUUCAAAGGAAGAGGUUGAUUUGACAAGGCGCAUUGCAUCUGCAAUAAUUCAUGUUGAGAGGAGGAUGGAGCAAAUUAAAAAUUUUAGAAUUCUUCAGGGCGUGUUGCCACUUGCUAUCAACAAGGUCUCAAAUGAAAUCAUUUUUGUUUGCAGCGCUUUAACUAAUUUAAUGCCACCAUUAGUGAAGUAAAUUAAAUUGCUUUAAUGUGAUCCCUGAAUGGCAAACUUAUAGUUGCAGCUUUGUCUGCAAUAAUAUAGAGAAUAAUAGGUUAGUGCUGUGGAUGGAGCAAGUUUGAGGCAAGGCGUAGGAAUUUAUCUGGUGAGCAGAAGGCAAACCAGAUAACAACCGAAGCUGAGCCAGAUAAAUUGUCUUCAUCUGUGAAAUCUGGAAACAAAGUGAUCACUCUUACUACCAUUCUAUUUAUCCUGUCAAUAUUUUUCCAUGCAGUCAUAUGUUUAAAAUUCACAUUUUAAAACUAAUUGAAACGCCAGUCUCAUAUGCAAGAAUACUUUUUGCAGUAUGUAGGUAAAAAACUCUUCAGAUGUAAAAUUCCAUAGCUCUUAUACAUAUUUUAUUCAUACAUGUACAUUAUUUUGUCUGGAGUAUGCCUGCAGAGUAAGAGAUAUAAACUUGAAACUAACUUUAUUGAUACAUGGAUAUUAUUGAGUUUUUUUGAGGAGAUGUAGACAACACUACAUGUAUAACUGUUAUUCUGACUUUUAUAUUUUAUGGAAAUUUCUACUUUAAUGGGAUCCAAAUUUAAUGUCCAUUUUUUAUUGUGAACAAGCUCACUACUAGGUGACUUAUGAGAUUAUUGCAAAAAAAAAAUGUUUUAAGUUAUAAACUAUAUGUAAUGUCAUUGACCAUAAGUAAAAUGAGUUGUGAGUGAGAGUAAUACAUGUACUUUCUUGAAAACAUAUUUAACUUUGAUUUUCAAAAUGAUCUCAGCUUUUAUAGAUUUUUGUCUGCAUCAUAAUUUUUGUCUCAUCUUUUUUUCUAGAGCAGUAAGAUUUCUUAACAAAUUGUACCUUUUUGAGGAAUAAAUGUAAGCAAUACGACCACUUUUUCUUAUCUUAAAUUUAAAUUUCAUUCACUGAAAAAUAUUCUAUGAGCCUUUCUACAUACAAAGUUUAUAACUCAUUUGUUUCAUCAUAAAAUUUUUUCUUGUUCAAAUGUUGUAAGGAAUUGAAAAACUACAAAGAACUGUUUUAAUUUAAUUUAUUUAUCACUACAGAGUGUACUUGUGGUUACAUUCAGCAUAAUUUUUUGAAUAAUGUACUUAGUGCAUGUACAUGACAUUUUACAUGUUAAAGAUUCAAGUAAUACUGAUUUUCUACAAAUAUAUAAAAACAAUUGUUACACAUUAUAUUUAAUAAUAUCAUCAAAUGACUAAAAGUCCGGAAAAAUAAUAUGAAAAUGUUGUACAACUUUGUGAAAAUGUAUUCCGUCUUUUCCAAACUCGGUAAUUGACUAGGUUGUCUCCCUUGUGGGUAGGUGUAGUUUACUUCCGGUUUAAGUUUUUACAUGAAAUGUAUAUCAAUAUUAGAAAUUGUUUUUAACAAUAUGUCCUUAUUAUAUUUUGUCAUGCUUUGAUAACAGUGCAAAUGUACACUUUUGUUUUCACAAUCUGUUGCCAUUUACUCAAAAUGCCAUUGAAUUUCAAUAUGAAGAAAUAAAAAAUUCUUCCAAUA